ACGACAUCAGUGCGCCUUGACCAGGCCUAUUUGUGUAUGUGUCCUACUCUGUCGAUGAGCCGCCAUAGACACACGUACAGUGGAUGUAACGGUAAUAUAAGAAGGCAACAUUACACAAUCGUCUUGGAUCCUUACUCAAAAUGGCGGCUCACUCAAUUCGUCGCGCCACUCACGACGACUUCGAUGAGUUGAUGCAGAUUGGUGAUGUGUACCAGGGGAUGGACUAUCUCGGGCAUCGCUACCACACAUACAUCGACGACCCAAACAACAGAUCAUACGUCUACGUGAUAGGAGAUGAAAUUAUUGCCCUUUGCUCAGCAUUCAUCAUCGAUGAUGGGCAGACCUUCAUGAUCAGAGGAGCCCGGACGAAGGAAGGUUUCCGAGGGCAAGGGAUCUACGGCAAACUCAAUAAAUACGUCUACGUCCAGUAUGGGGAUAUACCGUCCAUCAAAUAUGACGUGAUGACGACCAACAAUCACAACUUCGACGCUAAUAAAGAUCGCCUGUUAAGAAAUCACACAGAAUUAAAUAGGAAGAGCCUGGUUCAUGGUCGAUUCAAGAUGUCAGACACACAUGUUCGUGAGCUAGAAGGACCAUAUCCGGUCUUGCAGGAAAUGACGUCAAGUGAUCUACUGGACCUCUUUGGGUCUGAAGGAUCACGCAAAAGUCUUUUUCCAGUGAAUAAAAUUGUGAUAGAUUGGAUACCCCUUCGCUUCCUCCCCAGCAAUAUGAAGUACAUCUUGGAGCCGGAAGCACUGUGUCUGAGGUCAAAAGGCAAUAAAGGCGAAACAACAUUACUCACGUUUGGCACGCCUAUCAACUGCGAACUGGGCCUCCGGUACAGCAUGGAUAUAUUUGGAGAUGACUUCGCAGAUUUUCCGUAUCACGUGAAACGGCAUAUGAGUCACGUGGCCACCCUGACGCAAGGUUACGUAUUCCUGCAGAUGGGUAUAGAGGAGAGGUUCAGGGAAAACGCCGUCAAUGUUCUCCCACUUUUAAACCUCCCACCUUUCGAGUUUUCAUGGACAACCCAGAUUAACUUUGAAACUACGUUUAAAGUGAUAAAAUGAUGAACCUACUCUGGCUGAUGGUGUUUUUGAAAACACUUGCUUUUAUCACUAUUUGAUAGUGAUUCAUAACCACAUGCUUAUGCUUUGUGCAAUGGGCUCUGCUUUAAGAAGAGAUUCCGUAUGCUUUGGGAAAACUUUGCAUCAGUGCGUUAUAUUGUAUGAAUAAUUUUAUUUCAGUAAGUGGGCCAUAGAGAAUACUACACUCAUUCUUGGUAAAUGCUAUUUUAACGAAACGAGUGGACUUUCUAUGAUAUCUGACCGAGCGAAAGCGAGCUGCAAUAUCUAUCAGUGCUUGUUGCUAUAUCCAGUUACCGUGUUAUCAAAUGCCAUUGUAUUUAGAGAUAUUCAACUCUCUUCUUGUAAUGCUUUCAUAUGCCAGGAAAUUUUUCGAAGCGAUCAAACCUUACAUCACUUGUCCAUAACUUUUUUUGAUAACAUUGUAGGCCAAACGAACUGUAGCCGGAAGUUUUGUUUGUUUGUUUGUUGUUUCACGCCGCACUCAGCAAUAUUCCAGCUAUAUGACGGCGGUCUGUAAAUAAUCGAGUCGGGUGUCUUUUUUCUGUUUCUGUUGGUUGUACCACAUGUCCCCAUGUUUUAUAGAUUGAUAAAUGAUUUAAGUUAUAUUGGCGCUGUCUUUAAGCCUAGCGUAUUAUGCAUGGGGCACCGUUCUACUUUAUGUUUACUGCACGACAUCAAUUAGUGCUUGUCGUUGUUCUUCGGACUGAGCAGCAAACACAAACUCGCAUAUCUAAUAAAGAUU